GCCCAUUAAGUUCUAACCUACUUUGGAGGGAGGAGUUUGGCCAUUUGGGUAAGAGAAGAUGAGGUCUGAAUGAAUCUUGAUAUACUAAUCUUGCCCUAAACUCUAAAGUUUAAACACCACUAAACCUUUCAAAAGGUUUCAUGUUUCUUCAUGCAAAUUUGAACAAGCAAGUGCGAGACAUAUCAAAGUAAAUGAACUGGGCUCCACAUUUUCGUCAGCUGAAAUGCUUCUAUGGCCGAUUCCCACUUCUCAAACCGACAAAUGUCAGCAAUCAUUGAGUUCCAGGAAUCCUGAUCUCUUUCAGUAAUUCUAUCAAACACGCUAUGUACAUCAUCUAUAUGUCCACACUUACAAUAUAUGUUAACGAGGGAAUUGGCCUUGGCCACCGACACCGAAGAUGAAUCCGUUUCCCAAAUUCAAAAGGGUCAUCUCUUCGUACGUGGGAAAUGGCUUCAUGGAACCCAUUCGAUUGGCUUUUGAGAGCGGAGCAAAUUGUUUUGCUGAAGAGAUUGAUCAUAGCGUGGAAGCGAGAAUAGAAAGGUUGAAGAAGGAUGUGGCGGAGAUCGGGGAGGAACAAAGAUGCAUAAGAGAAGGGCAAAGGGAAGUGAAAAAGAAGAUUGAAACAAUCAGAAGUAAUUGUGCACAACUUAGGAGAGAAACUCAGCUAAUGUGCAUGCAAAGCACCAUCUUCAACCAUAAACUCAAUAUUAUGCUUCAAAUCAUGCAUGCAAGAAAACGUGGUGACGUCGAUAAAGCGCAGAAGCUAACUCAGUUCCUCUUCGAUGAUCGUUUCUCUUAAAAGGGUUCAUGCAUGCAUGGUGGAUUGGUUGAAAAUGAUCUAUCGAGUCAAUAAAUUCUGGAGGUCAAGCUAGAACUAUGUUGGAAGUUAAUUAAGCUGAUAAUGUGUUGUGUGUAUCUAGCUAUGUAAUGUGGGAAAGUUGCAUGGAUUCAUGUAAUCGUUGAUAUUAUUCUUCUUUUUUGUAUUUAUCAUUCAUUUUCAUUAAUGAACACUUUCGACCAUUAAAUAAAGUUAAG